AUGUCUGGAAGACGCGGCAUACACUCCCAUGCUACAGAUCAGCCACCCGUGAAGAAGCAGAGCAAGUGGUCACCGGAGGAAGAUGCCCUUAUCAUCGAGCUUCGAGGGCGUAAUAUGAAGUGGGAGGACAUCUCAAAGCGUCUGCCUGGCCGGAGUGCCAUCAGCUGCCGCCUGCACUACCAGAAUUACCUCGAAAGACGGAGUGAAUGGGAUGAAGAGCGCAAGAAUAAACUCGCCAGACUCUACGAAAGGUUCAAACCAGAAAUGUGGGCAAAAGUUGCAGAAGAGAUGGCGGUGCCCUGGCGAGCAGCAGAGGCCAUGCAUUGGCAGCUUGGUGAGGCAGAUAUGGCUAGACGUGCAGGAGUUAUCCCUUUCUCUCUAGCUGCAGUCAAUGUCGAGGGAAACAACAGUCACAGGAGCUCCCCCUCACGCAGCCACAUCCACUCGCAGCCCCAAGUCAGCAUGCCUCGCGAUCUUGGAGUACCAUCGCCUCGAAUUGUGUACAACAGACCUCCGCCGAUGCCUGCCAGCAGCCGAACUAUGGUUCCCCGCCGAGAGUCGAUUCCUCCGCCGCCUCCUUUGUCCAUGGUUCCAGAUCCUGCUGAAGCUCAGUAUGUACCAGGGCCAGGUUUGGCCCCGAUCCAGAACCAGCCACCACCUCGAACAGCUGGUAUGCUUCCUGGGGUUGCUGAACUUACUGGAGGAGUCAGCCCCUACAGUGCACCUGCUGCAGUGCCUAACAUGGGACCUAUACCCGGGGUAGGUCAGGGCCCUCUGUAUUCAACACUCGCCAGUUACUCGAUGGAAUCGGCCGGGUCCAAACGAAGAGCUUCCCCAGAUGAAUAUUCGCACGAGGCGAACCAGCGACGCCGAAUCACAUAG